AGAUAGUUUGACCAGACAGCACAUCUAGAAUGAAUACCUAUCAGGGACAAAUUUACAGUUCCUGAAGUUUGUGCGGGAUAGUUUGAGGAUGUCUCUUAACGGCUCUGCUGAGGUGUCCCCCACACUCUAUCCCGUGGACAACUGCACCAACAUUGAGGGAUUCUGGGAGCUGCUGGCCACCCUGCAGCCGAUAUACCUCACCCUCAUCAGCGCCAUCGGGCUGCUGGGCAACGGCUUCGUGCUCUGCAUCUUCUGUCUCCAGAGGAAAGCAUCCUGCUCCGUGCCGGAUGUCUACCUGGGCAACCUGGCCGCGGCGGACUUGGUCCUGGUCAUAUGCCUACCCUUCUGGGCGGUCACUAUCGCCAACAACUUUGACUGGGUGUUCGGCGUGCUAUUCUGCAAGCUGGUCAGCGUGGCCAUCUACAUGAACUACUUCUGCAGCGUGCUCUUUUUGGUGCUGGUGAGUGUGGACCGUUACCUGGCCCUGGUCCAGCCCAUGCGACCCAGCUGCCUGCGGCGGGCGCCCUGGGCCAAGCGCAUUUGCCUGGCCAUCUGGCUCCUGGGCCUGCUGCUUAGCCUGCCCGUGCUGCUCUUUCGCACGGUGGCGUAUGUGCCCGAGGCCCGUGCGAGCGCCUGCUUCCUGGCCUACCCGCACCAGGGCUGGCGCGUCCAGCACAACAUUACGGUCAACGUGGUGGGCUUCCUGGUGCCGCUGCCCGUGGUGACCUUCUGCACGUAUCACAUCAUCAAGGCGCUGAGGAACGGUGGCCCGGUGGGCGUGGCGGCGCGCGGCAUGAGGAAUGAGAGGAAGGCAACGCAGCUGGUGCUCGCCGUCCUCAUCGUCUUCGUCUUCUGCUGGAUGCCCUACCAGGUCGUGCGGGCGCUGGACACUAUAGACUACUUCCGGGUCAAAACGAGUUGCUGGUGGGGAGACUUCAUGGAUGUGAGCGAGCAGCUGGUCGUCUACUUGGCCUACAGCAACAGUGCCGUUAACCCCUUCCUCUAUGUGAUCGUGGGGAAGCACUUCCGAAGGAAGGCCAGAGCCGUGUUAAAGCAGUGCUGGCCUUACAGGUCAAAAGGCAAUGCUUCGUUUUCAGGCAACGCCUCGUCACUGAGCAGAGAAACACGAAAGAUAUCUCUUAACCGUAUUGAUAAAUUAAUGUGCUAAAUUAGCCAAAAACGUUAUGUUGUAUCUUAUCUUGUAUAUAUAUAUAUAUAUAUAUAUUAUAGACUAUUUUAAUUGUUUUGGAUAUGAAUCAUUACAAUAUAUUUGAACAGUUUUGGAUAUGACUCAAGAACAGGAGACAGGAGAGAAUGAAUCCACUUUGGUUUGACCUCGAGCACUGAUUAUCGUUCCCCAUCUGCUGUCACUUGGUAUAUCUGCAUCCCUCUUGUCUGUCUUAUUAAUGAAAUACUUCAGGCACAGCCAGACUGCGCAUGAGUAUGCUGUCAGUUCACAAGAGGAACACAAUCUUCAUAAAAAGACAAUGAAGCUCAAAUUCAAAAUGUUUACUUACCUCUUCCUUUCAUGAUCUACCUGAUGUUUGCUUUACAGCAUGAAGAAUAAGCAUAACUCUUGGGGUUAUGGUUGAAUAUUUCAUUGCACUAUUGAUGUAACAAAAUGUAAUAGCAAAACACAUUGAACUUUGUGUUACAUUUCAUCAUCUACAACAUUUUGUUUUCCUGUCACUUGAAGCCUGUACUAUUUAUUGUGUGAAAUAUGUAACAUG